AUGCAUUACUUACUAAUACUCACCUUCAUUGGGGCUGUCAUAUGUUUUCUGAACUUCCCAAUUGAAAUCAACAAAUGCAAAAGAGGCCAAUGGUUUGUGAAGAAUUUCAUCGUAUUCACUUGUCUCAGUGAUGAGAGCCAGAGGGAACUGAAGCCGAUCGCAUGUGAUCCGACAAAUGGCGUGAUCGUAAAGAAACGGAAACGUCCAAUAUUUCUUCAUGAAACCUACCGUGGUGAAGGAUUCAUUUAUGAAUGUGCACGUGACAAGUAUAGUGAUGGGAUUAUGUGGAGGGCUGUCGCUUGUUAUAUCAAUGGAGAGAGGUUUCCGCCUGGGACUUUCGUGAAAGGCCGGUACGACUCCGUCUACCUAUGCUACAGAGACACUGACAACAUUGUGCGAAUCCGUAUAAGAAAACCUUUCCAUGAUCACUGUGUUGCGGGUAAACGAGAUCCGAACUGUCAACGGGGAAUUAUUCAGGGUAUAUGGAACUCAGAAUUCUCUAUAGCAACUGGUAUCAAGUAUGACGCUAAGACAAACAGACCAUUCGACCUCCUGGAAGCUGCUGAUGACGCAAAUCAGAACACUACAAACGCACCAUUCUACGGCUAUCCUAAAUUGAGCAGUGAGAAUUUACUGCGCUCGAUACAGGGACAAGUCAAUCCUGAAUUCGUUACCGAACCCCCUGAGAUCAACAAUCAGCUGGGGAAGACCCUUCCUAAACAGUGA